CGCCUCUCGCCGCCGCGGUCUAGUCUCGGAGCGCAGGCAGUGGUCCGGAGCGCAGGCAGUGGUCCGGAGCGCAGGCUGUGGUUCGGGCCCCUUUGCGGUGCGGGUCCUGCAGUCGGCGAGCAGCCCGAGAGCAGGAGCGCGGAGGAGCCGGGAGGGGAGUCCGGGAGCCGGCGGGAGGCAGCGCGGGUACGGGGCGGCGUGGCCGUUGCUCUCACCAACUUGGAAGCGCGCGGCGGCGCGGGAGCCGGAGCGAUGAAGAUGGUCGCGCCCUGGACGCGGUUCUACUCCAACAGCUGCUGCCUGUGCUGCCACGUGCGCACGGGCACCAUCCUGCUUGGCGUGUGGUACCUGAUCACCAAUGCCGUGGUGCUGCUGAUUUUGCUGAGCGCCCUGGCCGACCCGGAUCAGUACCACUUCUCCACUUCUGAACUGGGAGGGGACUUGGAGUUCAUGGAUGAUGCCAACAUGUACAUUGCUAUCGCAGUUUCUCUCCUCAUGAUCCUGAUCUGUGCCAUGGCGACUUACGGAGCCUACAAGCAACAUGCAGCCUGGAUCAUCCCAUUCUUCUGUUACCAGAUCUUUGACUUCGCCCUCAACGCCUUGGUUGCGGUCACUGUGCUUGUGUACCCAAACUCCAUUCAGGAGUACAUAAGGCAGCUGCCUCCUAAUUUUCCCUACAGAGAUGAUAUCAUGUCGGUGAACCCUACCUGCUUGGUCCUUAUUAUCCUUCUGUUUAUCAGCAUUAUCUUGACAUUUAAGGGUUACUUGAUUAGCUGUGUUUGGAACUGCUACCGAUACAUCAAUGGCAGGAACUCCUCCGAUGUCCUGGUCUAUGUCACCAGCAACGACACCACGGUGCUGUUGCCCCCAUACGAUGAUGCCACUGUGACUGGCGCUGCCAAGGAGCCACCUCCACCCUACGUGUCAGCCUAAGCCCAGGGGUGGCUGGACCAGCGGCUGCCUCACAGACCUCGAGCAGUACUUGGGGAUGUCCCUCUGUGAUGAGCUCUUGGAGCUCAGCUGCUGCCUAAUGCCGCAGUUCACAGUUUAGAUGUUCGCUGGAGGCCCUCUGUAGUCCAAGCAUAGGCUUUAGCUGAGCGCCGUGUAGCUGAGCUGUGGGGUUUGUAGGGGUGGGAGUGGGGUUAAUGGGCUCCCCUAGUCUUUCCCAAGAAACAUAGAUGGACCUUGAAUUCCCGAAGUCUGAUUUUGUACCUCCUCACCCCCGAAGUUGGGCAGUUAGUCACACUUUUUCUCUGUUUCCUUUAUCACUUUUGAAAGUAUAAAAUAAAAACCAAAAUUGGGUCAUACUUCCCUACAAACA